GCGCUUCGCAAUUGACUUUUGUUUUCGUUCACUGGUUUUAGCGUUUGGUUGUUGUACGCUAAACGCGGUCGCAUUUGUAGUUUGCCAACGAAACGUUUUAAGAGAUAGUUUUUUUUUGUGUCUUGCGUUCAUAUAUAUUUCUUUUCUAUACAAUUUUUUUUUUGCUCAUAUACCUAAACGGUGUGUUGUAAUUACGUUUGGAAAUCCAAGAUGAGAUUUACUUUGGCUUUAGCUGCUAUUUGUUUAGCAGUUUCAUAUGCUGAACCUGCCAUUAGUCAAGCCAGAACUACCGCUACCACCACCUCAACAAAACCCGGUAGAUUUCUAUCGCUGCCCGUUCCUGCCAAGUGUGCCAGCCGGCCCAAGGAAUUUUCUUAUCGAGGCAAGAAUAUGUUUUUAAGCAGUCAUGUUCCUGCUUUGGCUACGAAGAAAGUCGAUUGGUUAGACGCUCGAAAUAUUUGCCGUGAAUACUGUAUGGAUUUGGUGGCGUUGGAGACGCAAGAGAAAAACAAUUUAAUUUUCCGUGUUAUACAGCAAAAUGAUGUACCCUAUAUUUGGACAGCGGGCCGCAUAUGCGAUUUUAAUGGCUGUGAAAAUCGUCCAGAUUUAGAACCUAAGCACCUUUACGGUUGGUUUUGGUCUGCUACGCGUGAGAAAAUUCAAGCUACUAAUCGCUUACCUCAGGGAUGGGGUUAUAAUCCUUGGUCUCAAACUGGUCACAAGAAGCGUCCACAGCCCGACAAUGCCGAAUAUGAUAUCAAUCAAACAAAGGAACAAUGCUUAUCAGUAUUGAAUAAUGUCUAUAAUGAUGGCAUCGCUUGGCAUGAUGUUGCCUGUUAUCAUGAGAAACCUUUCAUAUGCGAAGAUAGCGAUGAGUUGUUACGCUAUGUAGCCGCUACAAAUCCGGGUAUUCGUCUUUAAGUUACUAAGUUCAAAAAUUCUUUUUUUUUUUUAAUUUGUUUUUAGUUUAUAAAAAC